CCGUGGCGUGGAGGGAUUAGCAACGGGAUUGAUCGAGCUCUUCAGGCAACAGUAGACAUCGUUGUGCAGAUUCAAGAAUAUAUCGAUAACUGUACGGAAGUGAUUUCGAUCUGCGAGCCUGUUGAAUCGCCGGAAAGUUCUUUUAACUUUGGCGGAAUCGAAAUGGGUUUGUCGAAGAUUAGAUUGAAAGCCUGGUUUCAUAAGAAGGUCGGCGAUCCUCUUCUUCAGAUCCUGCGCAGAGGUGCAGAGCCGAAGCAGCUUGCUUUUUCUGCAGCACUAGGCAUCACCUUGGGAGUUUUUCCCAUCUGCGGUGUUACUGUCUUCCUUUGUGGAGUGGCGAUCGCCUUGCUUGGGUCUCUUUGUCAUGCCCCAACCGUGAUGUUGGCUAAUUUCAUUGCAACCCCGAUUGAACUAAGUCUUGUGGUGCCUUUCUUGCGAUUUGGUGAAGGAAUCUCUGGUGGCCCUCAUUUUCCCUUGACAUCUGAUGCCCUAAAGCAGGUGUUGACAGGCCAAGCUUCCCGAGAGGUUCUUCUAAGCGUUGGUAACGUGCUGCUAGGGUGGUUCAUAGCAGCUCCAUUCAUCAUGGUAGCAUUAUACGUUCUCUUUCUACCAUGUUUCAAAAUCCUUGUCCGCAAGUUCGGCGUCAUCGCUCCAAGCCCGACGAUCCCUAUCGAUCUGCAUUCAGAACUGAAGCCUAAGCCAAGGGACUAGUAGAUAAGGCGAGAAGAGCUUUGCCUUUAUUCCACUUGUGCUCUGUAUUGACUUGGUCAACAGUUACAAAGGCCAAUGUACAAUACUUCUGUACAUAUCAUGUUCUGUUUCUGCAAAUGGAAAACACACACAACACUCUCUCUGUGACCUUGUGUUGAUCUACCUAUGUUGUUGUGCUGUGGGGUGGUCUGAUUUUUUUAUACAAAACCCUUCUGCGGAAAAC